UUCACCGAUUAAAAACUAACUAAACAGCGUUUUAUUUUAUAGAAGAAAAAACGUCUUGGUAUACAUUUUUCGAAGAGUUACUAUUGGUAUGAAAUCAAUUAUAAAUUUAUUCAUUUUUUGCUGGAAAACGAAACAGGAAUUAGGAUUUUAUUUUUGGAGAUUGGCAUUAGCUUUUUUUUUUUUGUUCCUAUCAAGUUCGCUGUUAUCAAUUUUUAUCGAUAUAUUGUUGAUGAAUCGUCGCACGCACUGGCCCAUACAUUGUUCGGUUUCAAUUUUUCUGCUUUUCGUCUCGUUAAAUUUCGAUUUCAAAUUAAAAACCAUGCGAUGGAAGUAUUUAAAUCGUACUAUAAGAAAGUAUUCAAAAAACGUCAAUGGAUUUCAUGUUGGCAUUGUAGGUUCUGGUCCUGCAGGAUUUUACUGCGCACAGCAGUUGCUAAAAACAAUUCCUGGAUGUCAGGUUGAUGUCUUUGAAAAGUUACCAGUUCCAUUUGGUCUAGUACGUUAUGGUGUAGCCCCAGAUCAUCCAGAAGUAAAAAAUGUUAUAAACACCUUUACUAAAACAGCAUCCAAUGACCAUUUUCGCUUCAUAGGCAAUGUUACACUUGGCCGUGAUAUCACAUUGGCCCAAUUAAAACAAUCCUACAAUGCAGUAGUAUUAGCCUAUGGAGCUGAAGAGGAUAGGAAGUUAAACAUCCCCGGUGAAGAUCUAUCCAAUUUUGUAUCAGCUACAAAGUUUAUCGGAUGGUACAAUGGUUUGCCUACCGAUAAGAACAUUGAGGUAGAUUUGAACGCUAACCAUGCAGUUAUUGUAGGACAGGGAAAUGUUGCCUUGGAUGUUGCUAGAAUAUUGUUAUCACCAGUUGAUAAACUCAGAAAAACUGACAUGACUGAGUAUAGUUUGGACACCUUGUCUAAAAGUAAAGUGAAAAAAGUCACUCUCGUGGGUCGUCGUGGUCCAUUGCAAGUAGCAUUCACCAUCAAAGAGUUAAGAGAAAUGUUGAAAUUACCUGAAGUAAGCACCAAAUUUUAUAAGGAUCAAAUGAAUGAUAUCGAAAAAAUAAUAAGUGAUUUACCAAGACCUAAAAAACGAUUAAUACAACUCAUGUAUGAUGCAUCCCAAAAGACUGAAGUUCGAGACAAAUAUUUUGACAUCUUAUUUCUAAGAACCCCUAUUUCUAUAUUAGGUACAAGCAAAGUUGAAGGAAUUGAACUGGCUGUAAACCAUUUAGAAGGAGACAAAGCAGUGAUUACUGAUGAAAAAUACUCAUUGAAUUGUGAAUUAGCUUUUCGUAGUAUAGGUUAUCGAAGUGUCCAAGUAGAUCCUGAUAUAAUUUUUGAUAAACACACUUCAACAGUACCUCAAAAUCCAGGUAUUUAUAGUGUUGGUUGGUUGUCAUCUGGACCUGUAGGAGUGAUACUGUCCACUAUGAGUCAUGCUUAUCAGGUAGCUUCUAUGAUCAACAAACAUUUUGAUGAAGGCUUAUUAAAAGAUCAAAAGCCUGGUUAUGAUUACAUUUCAAAAUUAUUAAAAACUAAAGCUGGAAUGGAUGGAACAAAAUUAACCAAGUAGAAGUCGAAAGAGGAAUGAAAAUUGGUAAACCUAGAGAAAAAAUAGUUGAUAUUGAUGAAAUGCUACAAAUUGGAGGAGAAUUAUAAAAUAAUAUGGUGUCAUUAUAACACAUCUGUUAGACUUAAGGAUGAUAAAUAAGAAACGGAUUGAAUAUUUUUAUUUUAGACAAAUAUGUCGAUUAUUGAAUGUUGAAUGAAUUAAAAUUUAAUUUAAAGGUUCUAGUAGUUGCGAUCAAUCAACCGCCCUAUAUUUUUAAUUGUUUUACAAAUAAAUUUGUAUUCUUCAAAUUUUUUCCUAUUAGUAUUCUGAGAAUAAUUCAAUAUGUAAGUGGGUUGAUCGUUAGACUAAAAAAUAACUAUUUUUUGCCACAGAUUUGCUUUCCCAUUAAACAGUAAAUAUAUAAACUGACUAUUGCUUAAAUAUAAAAGUUUACCU